ACAUUAACGUUUAGAAAGGGGGAAGAAAACAAGAUGGGAAAUUCAGGAUCGACACCAUCACCACUGAACCCAGAACUGGAUGAACCAUGGAGAAUAUUUGACUGGGAAGAAAACUACCUGAAAAGAAAGCUGGAAGACUUCUCUCCGAGUCAUCCAGAUGUGAAGGACAUCAGGAUCCUGGUGGCUGGACAAAUCGGAGCAGGAAAGUCCAGCUUUAUUAACUCUGUCAACAGUGCUUUUCAAGGACGGAUCUCCUCUAGAGCCAUUGUCAACUCAGCUGCUGGUUACUCUCACAGUUUCACUCAAAACCUCCAAGGAUUCACUGUUAGAAGUGGGAGCAAAAAGUUGCCCUUCAUCUUCAAAGACAUCAUGGGCUUGGAGGCUGAAGCUUUGGAAGGGUUACAAGUGGAAGACGCCAUCAGUGCUUUUUUUGGCCACGUGAAGGACGGCUAUAAAUUCAAGGAUGUGCCACUCACUAGUGAGGAUCAACAUUUCAAGAGUGACCCCAACCUCUCGGACCAAUCUUUCUGCCUGGUUUACGUCAUAGACGCAAGCACAGUCAGUUUCACAGAAGACAGACUUAUUGACAAGCUGAAGAUAAUCCGCAGGAAAAUCAGCGAGAAGGGGAUUCCUCAAGUGGUUGUCAUGACCAAAGUGGAUGAGGCAUGUCCGCUGAUCAAAAAAGAUCUGAGGAAGGUGUACACUAGCAAGAAAAUCAAGGAGAAGAUGGAUUUGUGCACUGCUAAGGUGGGGGUGCCAUUGACAAACAUCUUCCCAGUGAAGAACUACCAUAAUGAGAUCAACACAAACGAUGACGUCGAUGUUCUGAUACUGAAGGCACUUGAACAGAUUGUUUAUCUUGCUGAUGAUAAAUUGGUGGAUAUUGAUAGCUAGACAUAAACCAAAAACUGUAAUUACUGCAAUCACCCAAUCUAGCUUUCUAAUAAAUCUAGCUUGGAAUAUUGUUGGCUGUGGGAGGAAUUGCUUUAGUUCCUCUAAUGUAAGAUGCUUUGGGUAAAAUUGCAUGAAUGUAGACUCAAAUUCGAGUUUAGCUGAGUACUGUGGUCUUUGGCUUCGACCAGCAUGUGUGCGUUAUUUCAGCAGUGUUUCAAAUAGAGCAUGAAUGAACCUCAGUUCUAGUGUAUAUAUAGCACCGAUUAUUACAGUAAUAUAACGGUGGCUAGAACCGCAGCAUAUGUCAGAUCUGUAUGACUGAAGUGAUGGAAAGGAAAAAGUUCCAAGCUGAAAAUGUAAUUGCAUUUACUGUAUUAUUUCAUGUAUCCUUUUUUGAAUAAUAAUAAUAAUUAAUGUUAUUAUUAUUUUAAAAAGUGCUGCUAUAAAUUAAAGUGUUACUCAA